GUGAAGUGCAAUUUGUUGAUUAUCGCUUCCACCUGUGAUUUAAAACUAGUUGAUUUAAGAUGUUUGAUUGUUUUUUAUUCAAUUCUGUAUUAAUGUAACAAUUAAGUUGCAAUUCGCAUAACUCAAAUACCUACAAAUUGGAGUGAUGGCUAAUUGAAGAAAACGCCAUUAUUAAAGUAAUUAAGCAUUUUUUACUUAUCUUUUAAAUUCCUGAUCUCACCUGAUUCAUCGUAACGACAUGAGGGAAUCAAAGGUAGCCUCUGAAAUUCAUAAAGAGACUCCGGCUUCUGAAGAUUUAUUAUCUUGGUGUAUCAACAUAACCAAUGAAAUUUAUGGGUUGAAUGUUGCUGACUUGACAACAUCAUGGAAAAAUGGAAUGGCUUUUUGUGCAUUGAUCCACAAUUUCCGCCCUGAUUUGAUUGAUUACUAUAAACUCAACCCAGAGGAUAGUAAAACUAAUUUAAAAACAGCUUUCGACGCUAUCAGAAGACUUGGUAUUCCAAAUAUAAUGAACUCAGAAGAUUUAAUGAUUCUCGACAUUCCAGACAAGCUAUCCGUUAUGACAAUCUUACAUCAAAUUCGAGCUUAUUUUAUGCGCAAAGAAAGAAAAGGUAGAGGUCUCAUGUGGGACUGUGACGACAUGUUCGAUGAUUUUGACAGUGAUGGUGAAAGUAGCUCGCUAUUUGCAUCUAUCGAUCAGCAACUAAUGGACUGGCCUAGUAAAAAAGUCAACAACCUCGCUCCUUUAGUUCCUCUUACAAGCCAAUUCUUGCUGGAUGGAGAUAACAGGGUAAAAACAAACGAACAUCUAAAACUUUUAGAAAAAAUUAAUCAGCCGCCAAAUCAGUCUUCACGACUAUCCAUUGACAGCUCAAAAUCAGGCGAACAGUUGAAUGGACUCAGUCCAGCCAUUAAACCUGGUUCUGAUAAGAAGCAAAAUACGUUUUCCCAGUCGUCACGGUCUAUAAAUUUAAAAUCGGAAUCAUUUGAAUCAUCUAAAUUAAAUACUCAAUCAUCAAAUGAUACUCCUCAAAAAGGGAAGAAACAAUUGAUGACUCGUAAACAGUUGAUGAAUCCAUUCGAUUCUGAUAGUGAUGAGGAAAAAAAGCCCAAAGGAAAAUUAUCUCAUAGACGAGAGUCGAAUUUAUCCGAAUUUUUAAACGGUUCUCCUAAUGAUAUUUUGGAUCUCGCAACUAAUCUUAAUGAAACCACAGAUUCUCUGACUGGUGUUACACUAUCGUCCCCAACCUCCGAUCCGUCCUCAGCAACUUCGUCUUCAACGACACCAUCAACAUCAACCACACCUUCCAUGUCAACUUCAUCAUCAUCAUAUUCAAAUAAUUUAAGCGACACAUCAUCAAAGGCUUGCCAUUCAAUCAAUCCAGAACCAAUUCGUAGACCUGAAAUUGUCGAAUUAGCUCCUGGACUGUUAGAUGUUUCGCCGAAAAAAAUUUCUCCGUUCCAACGAGCUCGAGCAAUGCCAGCAUACCGUUCUUUGCGACUUGACAGCAAAAGACAAACCAAUCCUGAUCGCCGAGAACAAUUACAUGAAAGAGCAAGACAAUUGAUUGAGGAAACAAGGCAGAAAAAACUAGCAAAUAAAGAAGCUCAGGACGCAGCUACAGACGAAGAACGUAGACGCCAGUUGAGAGAAAAGGCUAAAAAAUUGUUGUCCGAUCAAAUCAGUAAAAUGAUUAAAGAGAAAAGUCCUAUUGAACCUCGAAACAUGGAGGAAGCUAUUCGUGAUCUUACCUUGAAUGAAUCUAAAAAAACUUUAACCUCUACAUUCCGGCAAAAUAAAAAGAUGCCCUCCAAAUUUCAAUCUAAUAAUGAAUCAAAUAAUCCUAAAAGUCCAAACAAAUCCUAUGUCGAUAUGGAACUAAUGAUAUUAGAAAAGGAACAGUCAAAAAUUAAUAAAGAGGCAGCAAUUAUCGAAGAAAAACUGAGGCUAAUAAUGAAAAAUGGAGGUAACAGUGCACUGGAAGAGGAACGAUGCAUUCGUAAAUGGUUUAUCCUGGUUAAUAAAAAGAAUGAAAUUCUUCGUCGUCAGAUGAAACUCAAUAUUCUAGAGCAAGAAAAGGAUUUGGAAAGAUGUUACAAGAUUCUUAUAAAAAAGCUUCAACCUUUAAACUCACUGCAAGAUUGGGAAAAGACGGAUGCUCAAAGGGAAACGGAGAAAUUGUUGCUCGAAAAGUUGCUUCGAAUUGUUGAGAAACGAAAUGAACUGGUUCAUCAUUUGGACACUGAAGAGCAAGCGGAAGCUGAGGAUCAAAUGGUAAUGAAGGAAACCCAAGGGCCUCUUAACUUCACCGCAUCUGAAAAAAACUGCAUCAUUUCUUGAAGAUGGAAGAGAGAGAAAGAGAGAAAAGGUAAAAAUGUUAUGAAGAUGAUUAAAGAUGAAGAUGAAGAAGAAGAAAAAGAAGAAAAAGAAACAAAGAGAGAGAGAGAAGCUGAAACAAGGCACACCCAAUCAAUAACAAGUCGUCAUGAAAGGAAUCAUAAUUAGGCUCAAUAAAGUUCACCAUUAAUACACAUUAGUUAAUGGAGGGUCAUCAUCAUCAUAAUCAACAUCAUCAACAUCAUCAACUUGGUCAAAGUCAUCAACAAGCUGAGCAGGUAAAGAUCAAUUGGAAAAAAAGGAAAGAAAAGAAAAGAAGAUUUUCAUGGAAUUUGGAAUUUCUUUUUUCCUUCAACUUGGAAUGCAACAACACCUGAACAUGUUUUAACCCAUUUUGGUUGAGCAUUUUAUUCAUUACAUAAAGAUGCCAAUGAAGAUGGGAAAAGAUGCAAAUUUUUGUAAACAUUGGGUGAAGUUUAACUUGUUUGCUUUAGUGAAAUUGAGUGAAACUGAUAAAAGGCCUUCAAGCUGAAAACGAUUGUCACCUUAUUAUAAGUGAAUGGCUUUCAGACUCAUAUCAUCAUCAUUAUUAUUAUUGGACUACCGUGAAAAUUGUUAAAGUAAACAGAGUUUUUCGAUUCUCUUUUUUUCUUUUCUCUUGUUCUUGCUCCUGUUAACUGUAUUCAGUGUAUAAUAUACAACAAUCACUGAACAAUCAGUGAACACAAGCAAAGUAUUAGUUAAAAAAAGCAUUACUUUCAAUUCCCACGAGAUGCUAUUUUCCUUCUUCUUCUUCUUCUUCUUUUUUGGCCUUUCGCCUUCGCCUUUGCCUUUUCGAACUCGUUAAAAUGUAAUUUCAUAAUUGAAUAUGUGGUCCUGCUUUUUGUGUCUCUUUUGCUGUACAUUUGCUCUUUCUGUCUGUCUUUCUUUUCUCUUCAUGUAUGCAUGUGUAUUUUUUGUUUCUUGCUCCUCUUGUUGUCGUUGUGUUUCCAAUGUCAAACCAAAAAUAUCUCACAUGUCAGCUUAGUGGAACUGCACAGAUAAACAAACAAAAAUAAAUAUAUUUGUUUGUCAAUGAUAAAAAUGUUCAUGUUACAGGUUCAAAGUAAACGUCUCUAUUGUUACCUUUACUCUAUCCAGGUUUUAGACCAAUUAUUUGAAGACGACACACACAUUGGAUAAUCAACUUUGUGCCUUUGUCCUUGUUAAUCAAAUACAAUGCCGAUGAAUCGUAAUUUAUGUCACUCUGCAUUUCGAAUAGCAUUUAACAUUUUUCCAAAGUCUAACACAUUUAUUCCCAACUGUUUUCAUUCCAACCACACGUUAUUUGAAGCAUAAAAUAAACGUUAAAACAACAGUAUUAACCAAUGAUUAAAAUAUACCAAGAAAAA